AUGUCCAAACGAAUUCGUAUUUAUACCGCGGAAGACGUCGCGUCUCACACAGAGUCUUCCAGCUGUUGGAUAUCACGAGGUGGCAAGGUUUACGACGUGUCGGCUUUCCUGAGCGACCAUCCAGGAGGCGACGACCUUAUUUUGCAAUAUGCGGGGAAGGAUGUCGAAGAGGUUAUGAAGGACAAGCUCGAGCAUGAGCACUCAGACUCGGCAUAUGACAUGUUGGAUGAGUAUCUUAUUGGAAGAUUGGGUUCGGGAGAGUCCAUAAUUCGUGACGACUGGGAAGCUACAGACGACUUCCACCCUGAAGACACCGAUUCUGCUCGGGAUUUCGAAAAGAAUGUGUUUUUGGAUCUUCGAAAGCCCCUGCUGCGACAGGUCUGGGAAGCAAACUGGAGUAAAUCCUAUUAUCUACAACAGGUACAUCAGCCCCGACACUUGAAGGAAUCCGCGCGUUUAUUCGGCCCAGAUUACCUCGAGAUGUUCACGAGAACAGAGUGGUGGGUUAUUCCGGUGUUUUGGGGACCCAUUACCUUCUACCUGUUCCUGCGGUCGCUGUUCCAAUUCACUGGACCGUUGCCCAACUUUUUCGACAAUCCAGCAUUGCCCAUUUCUUCUCUUUACAUGAUCCCUGUGGAAUCCAUUGCGAAGACUAUGGCGUGUUUCUUCCUUGGAAAUCUCAUUUGGACCUUCUUGGAAUAUCUGAUGCACCGAUUCAUCUUCCAUGUCGAUGAUAUGCUUCCGGAUAGGCCAAUUUUCCUCAUGCUUCAUUUCCUGAUGCACGGAAUUCACCAUUAUCUUCCAAUGGAUAGGUUGAGGCUGGUCAUGCCUCCUUUCCUCUUCAUCGUUCUUGAGACACCAUUCACUCAGCUUGCUUACUCCAUCUUUCCGGUGGCAGUUGCAAACGGCAUCAUCUCCGGUGCAUUCACAUUCUAUAUUGGAUAUGAUUGCAUGCAUUACGCAUUGCAUCACAAGAAGUUGCCGCAGUACAUCAAGGAUAUGAAGAAGUAUCAUCUUGCUCACCAUUACAAGAACUUUGAACUUGGUUAUGGUGUGACCAGUAAAAUAUGGGAUUACAUCUUUAACACAGUCCUCCCAGUAUAA